AUGUCCACUGCGCCAACUAACAACAAUACCCAAUCAGAUGACAACACACUAAAAGUGACUAAUGAAAUCAUUGGUUGGUCUUUCAUCAGAUACUAUUAUGAAAAUUUAUCAUCAUCACCAGCCGAUCUUUAUUUGUCUUACAGUGUCGACGCCCAAGUUGUGCAUGAUGACUAUGAAGCAUUCUUGGUAGAAGAAAAUCAAAAGUUGAUCGAAGUCAAGGCCAAAGGUGCUGCUGAUGUUAAGGAGAAGAUUUAUAGCAAAAUGUCCGCCGAAGAUAAUUACAAAGUCAUGGUUUCUCAUGCCGAUAUCCUCGAUAUAGGUUUGGGGGGUACUUCCAAAACUAUUUUGAUUGUGGUUUUGGGGGAGAUUGCCAAAGGUGAUUCUCCAGCCUUUAACUUCUCACAAACAUUUACCAUUACAGCAGUUCCAAAUAGAGAAGUUUAUGAUGUGACCAAUGACGUGUUUAGAUUCAUUCCAUUGGAUGACGAAGCUAGCUUCGAAGAGACAGAAGAUGUUGCAGCAAAAGAAGAUAAGGUUGAAGCUGCUGUUGCCGUCGCUACCGAAGAAAAAAAAGAGGAGUCAGACAAGGAAUUGGCUAAAAAUAUUGAGGAAAAGAAGGUUGAUGAGCAAGCCGCCGCAAUUACCUCUCCUGAUCCUGUUAUCGAGUCUGAUGGUAUGAUUGAAUGCGAAAAGAAGGAACUGGUUGAGGAACCAGCAACUGCUGACUCCACCAUGGAUUCCACUGAAUGUAUUGAUGAAAAGAAGAAGGAUACAAGCUCUGCGGCCACCUCAGUUGGUGACAUUUCUACAGCGGCUACUUCUGCUGUUUCCACUCCUGGUAAGAAUGAGGAACCUCCAUUCCAAAAGACCACCCCUACACAGAAGAAGGAAACCGUCAAAAAUGUCGAGAAGCAAUCUUCUUCUACAGCAAAGUUCUCUUGGGCUGCUACUGCAGCAAAGGGCGCUAAUGAAUCAAAACCACUUCAAGAAGAAAGCAAGCCAAAAGCCAAACAAUCUCAAUUACAACAACCAAAGCAAAAAGCUGCUCCAAAGAAUGCUGAAACUUCUCCAGUUGUGAAAGAUACACCUAAGGAAGCUAUUAAAGAUGAUGGCUUUGAUGUAGUUUCUAAACGUGGCGCCAAAAAUCAAACCAAGAAGGUGAAAAAAACGAUUCAAUAUGAGUCAAAUGUGACUGCUUAUCCUGUUUACAUUCGUCUUGAAAAAGUUAAGACCACUGAUGCAGAGUUGAAGACUACUUUGGAAGCCAAGUAUGGUAAAGUCUACAAGUGCGUUAUUAAGGACAACAUCGCUUUGGUUGAUUUCUGCUCUGCUGAUUCUCAAGAAUCAAGCAUUAAGGCGGGUCAACUUGAGAUUGCCAAUGGUAAAAUCAAGAUCGAACAAAGAUUUUCCAAACCACAAAAGAAGCCUUAUUUCAAUCACAUUAAUGGUAAUAAGAAGAAGCAGAACGGUGUCAAGACCGAUAAAUCUGCUUAA